AUGACACCCAGGAUGCAUCUGUUGUUGCUCCCACUCCUGUUCAGCAUUGCUGGUGGGAAGGAUCUGGAGGAAAAGAAGGGCCCGUUUGAGAACACAGAGCUGGAUGUGCCAGAGGGGACACCAGUGCCAUAUACCAUGUUUCAGUUUCAGGUCACCCAUCCCGGUGUUAAUAAUUUCAGGCUGACUGGAGAAGGUCAGGAAAACAUUAAGAUUUCAAAGGACGGGUGGCUGUACCUGGAGAAGCCUCUGGACUGGUCUCGAGAUGACCAUUACAUUAUCAUGGUGGAGGCGCUGGCAGAUGAGGAAGUUGUGGAUGGUCCAGUUUAUGUGACCAUAAAUGUGUUGGAUGUCAACAACAACGCUCCGAACUUCAACCAGACCGACUACACAGCUGUGGUCAGAGAAAACAACCCAGCAGGUAUCCCAUUUACGCGCGUGUUUGCAUUCGAUCGGGAUGACCCAGAGACUCUAAACGCUCGUCUGAGCUACAGCCUGGCCAGCCAGAUCCCCAACAAAAACUACGUCCUCCUGUUCCAGAUCGACCCUAACACCGGAGAGAUCUCCACCACAGAAGCAGGAGAAAAGAUGCUGAGCGCCAGAGAAGGCAUCCGCUAUGGCAGAGGAGAAGAUCGUAGCAUUGACGCUCUGAGGACAAAGUUUGAGGACUACUGUCCAGCGACGAAGAUCCCCUAUGAAGAAAACCCCUUCUUCACCUGUGUGGAGAGAGCAGAAAUAAGGAGGAGGAAUGUGGACCCCCUGGAGGACCCAGACUACACCCUGUCUGUGCGUGUGCAGGACAUGGAAGGAGCGUCGGCGACCGCACUGAGUGGAAACGCCAUAGUUCACAUCGUUGUGCAGCAAAACCUGUGGGUCAAUCCCGGACCUUUAACUGUUAAAGAGCACUUAAAGGGAACGUACCCUCUGGUCAUCGCAAAGGUCCAGUCUAAUGAGCCCAACGCCGUCUACACGUUAGCGCAGAAAGAGCGAGAGCUGAAAUUCCCCUUCCAGAUCACAGAAGAUGGAGAAAUACAUCUGACAGAGGAGCUGGACAGAGAAGACAAGGACAUGUACAUCCUGGUGGUGUUCGCAAUGGAUAACAUGGACCAGCAGGUGGAUUCACCUAUGGAGAUUCAAGUCUUGGUGGAGGACGUGAAUGACAACGCACCAGUGUGUGUAAAUGUGGAGAGUGAGUUUGAGGUGCAGGAGGACGAGCCUGUAGGCAGCCUGAUUGGAGAUCUGUUGGCCCAUGAUGCCGAUGAAGUCGGGACACUGAACGCUCGUCUGACUUACACCAUCCUGUCCCAAACUCCACCCACCACACCCAACGCCUUCUCCAUUGACAGUGCUUCUGGAAGAAUCCAGGCACUGCGGCCGCUGCAGCGUAAAGACCAUCAUAUGUAUAACCUCAACGUCAGAAUCAACGACCCAGUUUUCAGCACAGAAUGUAAGGUCGUCGUCAAGGUCAUUGACGUCAACAACGAGAUGCCUCAGUUUGAGAAGAACGAUUAUGGCAGUCACACUCUGGCAGAGGACAUUCCUGUGGGACACACAGUGCUGACCAUCAGAGCCACAGACGCUGAUGACCCAGACAGCGGCAGCUCUCUUAUCGAGUUCCACAUCACUGCUGGCAACGAUGAUGGCGUUUUUACUGUGGAGACCGACAACAAAGGAGUGGGCCAUGUGGUCGUAGCUAAGCCUCUGGACUUUGAGUCUUCUCCCACCUACAAGCUCCAGAUUGACGCUCGUAACCCAGAGCCGCUGAUGAAGGGUCUGGAGUACGGCAGCGAAUCCACAGCCUUCGUCACUGUGUCUCUCACAGACAUAGACGAAGCUCCAGAGUUCAGUAUGGACAUCCUGGAUGUGACUGUGCCUGAAAACACCUCCAAGGGAUCAGUGCUGCUCGCUGUGGAGGCAAAGGAUCCAGAGGGCAAAGAGAUCCGUUUUAAGUUGGACGGUGACGCUCGGGGAUGGCUGGAGAUCAAUGCUGCCACAGGAGAGAUCAAGACCAAAGACAAGCUGGACAGAGAAACCCUGGAGACUUUCGAAGUCACUGUCACUGCAUUUGAAAAGGAGAACCCGGAAAAGUUUUCUGAGCGCGUCCUGUCUGUGAGGCUGCUGGAUGUGAACGACAACGUCCCCAGACUGACGGAGAGUCAGGCCUUCAUCUGUGUGAAGAAACCCCAACCUAUCAUCCUCAAGGCCGAAGAUGCAGACAGCGCCCCCUUCUCUCAGCCCUUCACCUUCGCUUUCAGCCACGGCAAGAAAUCUCCCAACUGGGAUCUGAAAAGUAUCGACGGUACAACAGCUAGACUGAUCCUGAAGAAAACACCCCCUGAAGAUAAAACCUUCACAAUCCUGAUUAACAUUAAAGACAGUGCAGGCAUGGGAGUUACACAUCCGUUUGAGGUGAAAGUAUGUAACUGCACAGAGCUGGGCUACUGCUACAUGGCACCAGAUGAACGUGCCUUCAGUUAUGGGAUGGGACCCACCAUUGGGAUCCUGGUUGGCACUCUGGCAUUCUGCAUUAUUGUCUUCAUCCUAGCGAUCAAACGCGCAAAUAAAGGGGAGAAGAAGACAACCCUGGGGGAAGAAGAAGAAGAGAGGAAGGCCAUAAAUUAGAGACUACACACACGCACACAUAUUUGUACUUUUAUACUUGUGAGGACCUUUACCGUCAAAUCUACCUGAACCUCAUUCUAACCUUAACCAAGACCUCUAAACCAACUCUGGCUGAAGGAGCAUUUUACUUGCUAAAAGAAAUGGAUAAAACAAAAGGAAUUCAUAAAUAAAUCCUCACCAUCACAACGGCAGAAGUGAAGGCUGGAUUGUCCAGGUGUCCUCUCUCAAGCUCUAAAAGUAGAAUAAAUAUAAAUAUAUUCUCACAAAGAUAACAAAGAUAGAUGUACACACACACACACAGACACACACAUACACACAUUAACGUAAGAUUAUUUUAUUUUAUCUACAAGAGAGAGUUGAUUAAUUAGUGCUGUGCACACUUAAUUACUGUCAAUUGGCCCCCAUGCUAAUCUGCAUUUAUAAAGCUUGUUAAUGUAUUUUAUUUUAAGUUCCCUCCCAGACUCAGGUUGUUUCAUUAGCAUGUGUAUCAUCUCACAUAUUUCAAUUAGUAUUUGGCCGAGAUGCUUUUGUGUUGUAAUCUCUUCUGUUUGAAUGUCUUGUUACAGUUGGAAAUAUCUUUAAUGUUAAGAAACAUCUUAAACCCAGAACAUGUAAUGAACAAUAACUACUGUGAUUUGUAAUGAGCAGACACUGCUCUG